CAAUGUCAAGUCACAGCAGGCCAUGAUUUUCAAUUAAUCAGAUUUACCUAUCGAAAAAAUACCCUAUACAUUUAUCUUGACACCAAACAAAAUAAAUUCAAAUAGUAUUUAACACAACAGUUCUUAGUUACUUUGUUUUUGUUAUUGUUCUAAAAUUAGAGAAUGUAUUUGUGAAUAAACCUGAACCUAACGAAAUCAUAAAGUAGUGUCACAAAAUAUCAUUUAAAAGUUUGAAUCUUCCCUAAGGAAAGUCAAAACUAAAGGGAAUAGGUCUCAAACUUAAGCAGGUGUUUAGGGCCAUAAAAGAGCAAGGCGACGCGCUUGAGCUGCCCUAAUUAUCCUUCAGGUAAAGCUCGUCAACAGGUAAAGGACCGUCCGCGGAGGAAGAAGAACGGAGAAACCCCCUGCGUUUCUCCUUUUUCUGGGCAUAUAAGUUUGAGGGAUGAAGGAUUGCAGCUGUCAGAGGCAAUCGAACCACGAGAUCGGCUACAACAUGGGUAAUGUCAUGGAUCGCAAGGUGUCCUGUGCGGAGGCACGAGUCACUGGUGCCGCAACGUCACCGACUACCCCUACUCCGCUGGCUCACAAGGAGCCGGAAAAACUGGUGGCAAAAAGCUCGGAGGAGGAACCAACGCCACAGCCACAGAUGGCCUCAAACUUGACGUUUCACCUGUACUCCUAUCGCCAGCAAAUGGGCUGCAAGAAGCACCAGGUGAUGAAGUGGGCCACCUCGAAGCUGAUGCUCACCGAGGAGCUGCUCAAGCUCCACAGACAGACAACGUCCAAGUCCUGGACAGAUUUCGAGCUAACAGACGACGAGGAGGACUUUGAGGAUGUGGAGAACCAUGUUCCGGCACGGGAUAACAACGACAAUGAUGAUCUUCUAGCCCAGGAGCUUUGCAAUUUGAAGAACUAUCGCUUAACACUUAGGGGCACCAUACUGGAGGUGGCCCAGGAGAAGAUGAAGAGGCGCGAAAAGAAGAAGCUGAAGCGUUUGAAACGCCGCACUCUGAUCUCCUCCAAGAAGCCCAGCAACAAGGACAAGCCCAAGCUCUGGCAAUACCCGAGGCCAUCGAUGCCACUGCUGGACGACGAGGAGGAGGAGCAUCGGGAGCAGGACGCUCAGCCGGAGGUCAUUGUCAUCGACUAAGACGCACUUCAGUUCCCAGUUGAUAGUUCCUAAGCCUAAGCUAAUCUAGUCGUUGUCCUCGUUCUAAUUUGUAAAUAAUUUGUAUUUAUCUGAUAGUCUGUUCUAUGGCCAUUAAAAUGGUUCACACACAAUAUAAAUAUUCCGA